CUUCUUCUUCUUCCCCAUGAUAGCUGUGUGACAGAGUAGUAGCUGUGUGACAGAGGAGACGGUCACAACAAACCCCCUCGGCCCCUCCCCCCAUUCCAUUCCACCAGACCCCGCGACAGGCCGCAGGUGCACAGCCACUUCACCCAUGCCAUGGCGAGGAUCCAGCGCCACCGUCUUCGCUCCAGGGCCUUGUGCCGGAGAUCCCGCGAGGAGAGGCGGCGCCUCAGCGAGGGUGGGGGUUCCGCCCCGCAGCCACCUCCCCCCACGGAGCAAUUCGUCCCGAAGGUGGAGAUUGAAAAGUUAACUGAGGAGGAGAUUGAAAGGGCAUACCAGACCGUCUUUCAACUUGAUGAGGAGUAUCGGAACGUCAUAAUUGAGGAAGCUUUUUAUCAGUCUGAAAUCAAGAUGCUACAAGCUAGAAAGGCCUCUAUUGAUGACAGGCUUUCAAAGCUGAAGCAGAAGACAAAGGAGCCCGAUUCAGACAGUAUAAAACAUAUCAGAUCAGGAACAAGGAAGGUCAUCGAACUCGAAGAGUCGAUUGAUGCACUGAAAAGUGAACUCAGCAAGACCUGUCUUCGUAAGGCAAAAGUUGAAGCUGUAUGCAUAUCCUCCAUGUCCAUCAUUGAGCAUCACGUGGCAAACGAAGGAGAGGGUCUGUUUCUUGGUUGCCUAGCUUAUGUAAUGAUGAUGGAGUGAUGUGAACACUCUAGGAGAAAAGUCACUGAGAGUAACGAGUAUUUGGUCAAUGAGUAAAGGUGGGUGAAAUUGUAAAAACAGGAAACACAGUACGGUAAGGUAGCAGGAGUAUAGUACUUACUAUAUGGUUAGAACAUAGGUAAACCUAUAAGUACAGGUUGGCGAAAACAUGUGAAGGAGACACGACAGCUUCAGGUUAGCUUGUGAAAACUUCAGCGUCUGUUGUGCCUGCCUGUCAGGUGUGGAGGUUCAUCCGAAUUGCAAGUUUGCACCCUUUUGCUUGGUGAAUCAUGAUGAAGUUCAGAACCUAUA